AUGACAGAAAAAAAAGUACUUGCUCAGCAAAUUAAGGCUGAUUUAGCAAAAGAUUUAGAAGAAACCAAAAAAGAGGUUUCUCCCACUGCUCCGGAAAAUAAAGGUAAACGUGAUUUAAUUGCUCCAAACGAAUUAGAAAAGGAAGAUUAUGAGGAAAUACUAAGUUUAAUGGAAACAAUUCGCACGACAGCAACCAAGGUUAGCGAACAAAAAAAACAAGCGGAAGAAGCCGAAUUAGACCAAAAACUCCAAAGAUCCGAAAAUGUGCCAUUUGAACAAAAAUCGUCUGGAUCAUUGCCUUGUAAGUUAGUAAAAUCAUCAGAUAAAAUUACCAUUACUCCGGUUGAUAAUAGUCCUUAUAUAAAAAGGCUUCAAGGGCAAAAGUCCUAUAGCGAGAAAUAUUUAGAGAAAACCCAAAAAGAAAGUCCGGACAAGCAUGAUAAUAAAUUGCCUACUCCUUCUAAAAAACGAAAUAAACCAACUGAUAAACUUACUAACCUCCUACUAGGAGAAUUGAACAAUAAAAAUUUACUUCAAUAUUUUCAAAAUAAUAAUGUUAAAUCAAUUAAAUUAGAUAAUAAUAACCUAGUAAUUGAAUAUAAUGACAAACAAGCAAAAGAAACUAAAGCACUAAAUAACCAAGAAUGA